CAAAAUCUUCUCAGUGCGAAAAUGAAACUUCUACUGGUGUUGACAUUGGCCGUAUUCAUCGCCCAUGUGGCUGUGGCCCAAAGUCCUGAUGCAGAGGAUGAUGACUAUGACAAUUUCGAUGAAGAUGACAAUGAAGAUGACAACUCUGUGGACAGUGGAACUCCUGAAGACGAUACUGACGUCGAUAGCGAUACUGGUGAUAACGAUCUUGGAAGCGAUGGCGAAGGAAACUCAGAUGGCGGUGAUGACUCCGACGAUGAUCAAGAAGUUACUCCUGCUCCGAAAGUAAAAAAAAAUAAUGCCAAAAAAAACGGUGCCCGUAGAAAUAACAGGAACAACAAGAAAAAUACUACACCCAAACGCCGUAAUGCCGCCGCUGCCAAGAAAACCCAAAGACAGACGGCUAGGAAGCAAACGCCUGUUGCCGCUAAAAAACGGACAAAUGCUGUGGCCAACAGACGCAGGCGCUCUGGAUAAUUUAAGCUUAAUUUGUUAAUUGCAAAAUUAUAACAAAUUUAUUGGUUUAUUUAAAAGACGUUAAAAAAUAAAAUAAAAACAAUACAUUUCAGU